AUGAGUGACCAUCCUAGAGGUAUUCUAAGAAACAAGUCUGAUAACGAGGAAAGUGAUGAACAAUUGCAACACCAUCUCGAUCAUUUGGACAGACAAGAAGUUAUCAAGAACACUAGGCUCAAUGCGCAAUUGAGAGCCAAUUCUACAAGAGGUGAUGAAAUCAGAGCAAAGAUUGCUCAAAAGAAGAAAGAGCACCAGGACCAUGACCAUGACCAUGACCAUGAGUCCCUGCCAUCACAUGAGCACUUGAAGUGGGACGAAGUCAAUAUAUACAAGAAUGAGCAAGAGAAGAGCGCUAAGAUGAAAAUAGACGAACCAAAAACACCGUACGAGGGAGGAUUCAAUCCAGAAGGUGAGUACUAUCGAGACGACGACGAUGAUGAAAAUGCUACUGCCAAUGUACAAGUGGUAGACGAACAAGAUAUUCCCGAAUUCGAAUUGGGAGAGGGAGAAUACGAUAAAGCGCCACACCAUGUUCUGGCAUCGCUCCAUGGUGGCCAAGUGAUCAAAGAGCAAAAUUCAACCGACAAUGUAGAUGAUGAAGAAGAAGUUGAAGAAACACCUCUUUCAGCUGAGGAGAGACAUAAAAGAUUCGAGGAGAAAAGAAAGGAGCAUUAUCAUUUAAAAGCACUUCCUUUGAAGCAAAAUAUGGCUAUUCCAGAUGAUGAUGACAAUAACGAAGAGCAAGAAGAAGAAAAAGAAGAAGAAAAGUAA